AUGGCGGCGCUGGCCUACACUGGGGGCAAGCGGGAGAUCAACUACUACUUCAGUGUGAGGAGCGCCAAGGUGCUGGCGCUGGGCGCCGUCCUGCUCCUCACCGCCUGCCACGCCGCCUCCCGCCGCUACCGAGGUGGUGAUACAUGUGAAUAUCUUCUGUCCAGUGGGAGAUUCCUUGGAGAAAAAGUAUGGCAACCCCACAGUUGUAUGAUGCAUAAAUAUAAAAACAGUGAAGCAAAAAACUGCCUCCUAGACAGACAUGUUGCCUUUAUAGGAGAUUCUAGAAUUCGACAGUUAUUCUAUUCUUUUAUAAAACUUCUAAAUCCUCAAGUCAAAGAAGAAGGAAACAAGCAUGGAAAUAUCCUGUUUGAAGAUAAAUCUGCUUCAAUUAGAGUGGAUUUCCUGUGGUAUCCAGAAGUUAAUGGCUCUAUGAGGCAACGUAUCAAAUCUUGGACUGAGGAUUCUGUGGCAAAACCUCAUAUAAUUGUAGCAGGAGCUGCCACGUGGUCUAUCAAGAUUCACAAUGGCAGCAAUGAAGGCCUCACACAAUACAAAAUCAAUAUCACUUCAAUUGCACCUCUUCUGGAAAAGUUAGCCAAAAGUAGCGAUGUUUACUGGGUCUUACAAGAUCCUGUUUAUGAAGAUCUGCUGAGUGAAAGCAGGAAGAUGAUCACUAAUGAGAAAAUAGAUGCUUAUAAUGAAGCUGCUGUUCGGAUUCUAAACAGCAGUUCUCGAAAUUCCAAAGCUAAAGUGAAAGUGUUCAGUGUGUCAAAAUUAAUAGCACAAGAAACUAUCAUGAAGUCUGCAGAUGGUCUGCAUCUCCCUGAAUCAAGCAGAGAUACAAAUGCAAUGAUCCUCAUGAAUGUCUACUGCAAUAAGAUCAUGAAGCCCAUUGAUGGCUCCUGCUGCCAGCCUCAGCCUCCUCUCACUCUGAUACAGAAGUUGGCUUUCUGUUUCUUCACUUUGUCUAUUAUUGGAUAUUUAAUUAUCAGUUUAAUUCAUCGGAAUAAUUAUCGUAAGAAUAAAUCCUGCACUGAUUUGGAAAGUGGAGAGGAGAAGAAACCUGCUAUCAACACUCCUAACGUUUCUACUUUAGAGAUGCUCUUACACUCCUUCUGCAAACUUGGUCUAAUCAUGACCUACUUUUAUCUAUGUGACAGAGCAAAUCUUUUCAUGAAGGAAAAUAAAUUUUAUACGCAUUCAUCUUUCUUCAUACCCAUCGUCUAUAUCUUGGUUUUGGGGGUAUUUUAUACCGAAAAUACCAAAGAGACUAAAGUGUUAAAUAGAGAACAGACUGAUGAAUGGAAAGGCUGGAUGCAGCUUGUUAUUUUGAUUUACCAUAUUUCUGGAGCAAGCACUUUUUUGCCUGUCUACAUGCACAUUCGAGUUCUGGUUGCUGCAUAUCUGUUCCAAACAGGUUAUGGGCACUUCUCCUAUUUUUGGCUCAAAGGGGACUUUGGUGUGUACAGAGUGUGUCAGGUUCUGUUUCGUCUCAAUUUCCUGGUUGUGGUUCUGUGCAUCGUGAUGGACCGACCUUACCAGUUCUACUACUUCGUGCCAUUGGUCACUGUCUGGUUUAUGAUCAUUUAUGCCACCUUAGCUAUAUGGCCUCAGAUAGUCCAGAAGAAAGCAAAUGGGAACUGCUUGUGGCACUUCGGGUUACUGCUGAAGCUGAUUUGCUUGCUGACAUGUAUAUAUUUUCUGUCAUAUUCUCAGGGCGUGUUUGAGAAGAUAUUUUCUUUUUGGCCGCUGUCCAAGUGUUUUGAGCUGAAUGGGAAUGUCUAUGAGUGGUGGUUCAGGUGGAAGUUGGAUCGCUAUGUGGUUUUUCAUGGGAUGCUGUUUGCUUUUAUUUAUCUGGCAUUGCAGAAAUGUCAGAUGAUAUCAGAAGGGAAGGGAGAUCCUCUUUUCUCCAACAGAGUUUCAAAUAUUUUAUUAUUUAUUUCAGUUGUAUCCUUUCUGACCUAUUCUAUUUGGGCUAGUAGCUGUAAAAACAAGACAGAGUGCAAUGAACUACAUCCUUCUGUUUCUGUGGUGCAGAUUUUAGCUUUCGUCCUCAUCAGGAACGUUCCUGGCUAUAUCCGGUCUGUCUACAGCUCCUUCUUUGCCUGGUUUGGCAAAAUCUCUUUAGAGCUUUUCAUUUGCCAAUACCACAUUUGGCUGGCAGCAGACACAAAGGGGAUCUUGGUGCUCAUUCCUGGAUAUCCAAUGUUCAAUGUUCUCGUCAGCACUUUCAUCUUUGUGUGUGUGGCACAUGAAAUCUCUCAGAUCACGAAUGACCUAGCACAGAUCGUGGUUCCUAAGGAUAACUCCACUCUGCUGAAAAGGUUGCUGUGCAUAGGUGGAUUUUUUUCUGGACUGCUCCUCUUCUCAGCAAUGCAAGAUCAGUCAAGGCAUUAACUUGGAAAGGUUCUUGGCAACUUCCUCCAGGUUUACAUUGCGUCUGCCUGAACAAAAGUUCUGCACCGGAGGUGCGAGGAUACAUUUAAAUUAAGGAUGUGUAUAAAUGUAUAUAGUGCACACGGACAUCCUUUGUGUGGCAAUAGCCUUCUCAAGUAGUCUGAGAAAGAAAAAUACACUGUAGAGAGCUGCAUGUGGAGAUGAGUCUUUUCUACUGGAUAGAUGUUUCUGUUUACAUGGCAUGAGGCGGUGAAGGGAUUCAGUGACACCAU